AUGUGGGAAAUGAAAAAGGAUGCUGUUUUUUCUACUCUUCCCAAAGACCUAAAAAUAAAUUCUUGCUCUUCACACUAUAAAAAAUUAAUAAUAUAUAUGGCCGAAUCAGAUAAGGAAAAAGAAUUAGAACAGAUCCGCAACAUUGGUAUUACUGCCCACAUUGAUGCGGGCAAGACUACCACCACUGAACGCAUGCUCUAUCAUGGUGGAGAAACUCACAGAGUUGGUAAUGUUGACACCGGCGACACUACUACUGACUAUGACCCCCAAGAAAAAAAAAGAGGAAUUACAAUAUUUUCGGCGGCGGUAAGAAUUAACUGGCAAUCCAGAUACGACCAGCAAAACUACAAAAUCAACCUUAUUGACACCCCCGGGCAUGUGGAUUUCACCGCUGAGGUAGAGCGUUCUUUGCGAGUGCUAGAUGGAGCAAUAGUAGUCAUGGAUGGAAAAAAAGGAGUGGAGGCUCAAACUGAGACAGUUUGA